AGAUGCUGGAUGAUGUAUCUCACUCAGGACAAAAUGCGCCAUUUAAGCAUAAAGUCGUUAUUAUUAUUAUUAAUAAUAACUUGUCAGAAAAACAAUUUGUCAGAAGGGAACUCUACAUAUUUGCCCAGGAUGACAUUUACAGACAAGGAGAUAGCUUUCAGAAGGUUACGUUUCCAUGGACAUCACACGGGCAUAUUGACUGUUCAGGAAGAGCAGCCGGACAUAGUCACAGCUGCUGGACAAAGACACCUUCAUUCUUUCGACUUUCAAAACCAUGGGAAGACUGUGGGACGUGAUGUGCUGUGGAAGGAAUGUGCUGGCAGUGGGGCCAUAUCAGGAGCUUGUAAUUAUAACAUCACUGUGCUCCACAAGAGGAAUGAAGCCAACCAGCUGUUUCUGUGUGGAACCAAUAAUGAGGAUACGACAUGUUGUAAUAUGAACAUCUCAGAGCCAUCAUCUCCGUGCACUUCCUCUAAAGAUAUUGUGAAGAUAAAGUCAAGCAUAAAGGAAUUUAGCAUAAAGCAAGGCGAACCAUCCGUCCUUAUCGAACGUGGAGGACACUCAGAGCUCUAUAUCACUCACUCUGGAGCACAGGAUUGUGUUGGCAUCCACAAGUUUGGGGAGAACCGAGUUGAACCAGCAAGCCAAAGAAAGGAGCAGCAAUAUGUGGGUUUGGUGCUCAGCAGACAGAGAGAUGAUCCACUGCAGGACAAACUUUAUGCUUUCUAUAAGGAGAAAAACACAGAUUUUGGCAUGGACAGUGACAUGUGGCUCCCUUUUGUGUCCCAGGUUUGCAUGGCAGAUAAAGGUGGGUCCAAGAGCUACCGACAGUUUAUGUGGACGUCCCAGCUGAAUGCCAGGCUCUACUGUGGAGGCCGGGACAGGAGACAGCACUACUCUGAACUGGUAGAUGUGGCUGCUGCACAUGCAGACCAGUGGCAGCACACCAGGGUGUACGCACUUUUCAGAAAUGAAUGGGGGAUGAGCGCUGUGUGUGUCUAUACGAUACAGGAUAUUGAGAAGAUCUUCAGACACUCCAGUUUCAAAGGGCACAGCACAAAAAUCCCAAGUCCAAGACCUGGAACAUGUGUUGAGGACAGCACAAAGCUCUCCUUUGAUGUCCUGAAGGUAGUUGAAGACAACUCAGAGAUGGUGGAUAGAGUCCUUCCUCUCAACGAUACUGGUCCACUUCUCGUUAGCCACCACCACUACACUCACAUCUGCAUUGACAGUUUCUAUAACAAGAGGAACCAAAGCCAUACAGUCCUGUUUCUGUCCCUAGAGAAUGGAAGAAUUCAUAAGGUUAUGGAGGAUAAGAGUCAGGCCUUUUUCAUCUCAGAAUAUCGACCUUUUAACCACAGGGCCCACAUUGUCAGCAUGGUGCUCCACUCCUCCUCUAGGAAGCUGUAUGUGAGCUCCAGCAGUGAACUGGUCCAGCUUGAUGUGGGGAGCUGUGCUGGGUAUGGAGCCAGAUGUGAGGAGUGUAACCUCGCCAGAGAUCCCUACUGCAGCUGGAAUGGCACCCACUGCUCUCCUGAUACACAAGAGACAGAGACCCUGCAGGAUGUGGUGGAAGAGAAUCAUACCGAGUGCCCAGAAGAAAAUGCCUUUGAAAAAGUGUCUACGUCCCUCUCUGUCGGAGGUAAAAAGGAAUCGAUGGAGCACAUUACAGUUCCCUUGCGGGCCAAGUAUUUCCUCCAGUGCCCAAUGUCAUCACACCAUGCUGAAUACACCUGGCAUCACCCUAACAACUUGACGUCCUGCAGCCCAACUGAGCAGCAGUGCCUUGUUCUGAUUGACAGCAUGGGACCCGACCAGGAGGGGACCUACCGUUGUGUGUCGUCGGAGAAGGGCUACAACAGAACCAUAGCACUGUUCCACCUACAGCUGGACAGAAGCGCAGCAGGCCAGGCAUCAAGCCCACUGACCUGGGUUUAUCUGAUGGCUGUGGUUUUAGCUCAGGGCACUUCAGUAAUAGCAAUACAGUAGCUACGGCUAGGGCUGAAGGACAGAUUUAGCUCUCAAAGUUGCAUUUAUGGUGCUUUUAUG